GAAAUGACCUUCAUAGAAAAUUACCAAUCUUGCACGUGUUGACGUUGCCAUUACAACUGUCAGACUGGUGUGACGUUUUAGCAUAUUAAAAAUAUUUAGUGUCCAUAUGGUACAAUAAAUUUUGAUCAAAUUUUAUUAUUUAUUGUAGCUAAAGUUUUUUUUUUAAUUAAAAAUGACAGAUUGGGAAGAAGUUAAACGUCUAGCAGCUGAUUUCCAAAAAGUUCAGCUGAGUUCUACUACACAAAAGUUAUCUGAAAGAAACUGUAUAGAAAUAAUAUCAAUGUUGAUUGAUCGGAAAAUGCUAGAUUUAAUUUUUACUAGUGAUGGUAAAGAAUAUCUAACUCCGUCCCAGUUAUCGUCGGAUAUAAAAGGAGAAUUGUAUGAUCAUGGUGGUAGGAUAAAUUUGGUUGAAUUAGCUAAAAUUAUAGGUGUUGAUCUUGCACAUAUCAAUGCUCAACUAAAUGACGUUUUGAAAAAUAAUAAAGACAUUCAGUCUGUAUUAGGGCAUUUGAUAGAUAGUUCCUAUAUUACAAGGAUAGCUGGGGAAAUUAAUGAAAAGUUACUUCAACAGGGACAAAUUAACAUUGGUAAUUUGACAAUUCAAUAUGAUCUACCUGCUGAUUUUCUGCAGACUCAAGUAGUAGAGAAAAAUUUAGGAAAAAUCAUCUAUGGUAAACAAGAUAAAAAUGAUCCAAAAGUCUUUUUCACGGAAUCUUUCAUUGCUAGGACCAAAGCUAAAAUAAAGGGUGCUUUGGGUGGCUUAACAAGACCUACUCCCGUAUCUUAUAUAUUGAAUCAAAUUAAUAUUAGUGAGAAGCUGUUCUAUUCACUAUUUGAUCAAACUUCAGCUUAUGGAACUUUGACUGGUAGGAUGGCUGGUUCCCAGUAUAUUCCUAAUGUUUAUGCUAGGUCCCAGAAUGAAUGGGUAAAUCAUUUUUACAAACAGAAUCAUUAUCUUGAAUUUGAUGCUCUCUCACGGCUUGGAAUAACUGAUCAGAAAAGCUACAUAAAAAAACAACUUUCUAACCAAGAUUACCAUGUUCUAAAUUCAUGCAUCGUCUCAAAAAGUAUUAUAGAACGUGUAGAAGCUGAUAUAGAUGAAUGCAUCUCUAGUAAAACAUUUAUUGAUCUACAAAAUAAUAUACCUUCAGUUUUCAAUGAAAAAGAUGAAGAGAUGAUUCUUGACUUAGUUUUAACUGGACAGAAAAAGACUCAGACAUUGAGAUUAUUGAAUUAUGUUUUCAGUAAGGCAUUUCUUGAUAAACUGAUGAAAGAUUGUGGAAGUCUUAUUCAAGACAAAUGUAAGGUCGUCGUGGAAUCUGGGAAAUAUCAACAAUAUCAAGUUAGUUUGCUGACGGUUUCUAAUAAAUCCCACAAAGUUGAAGAAGUUGAAGAAAAAGUUGAUAAACGAGAAGAAAGAAGGAAGAAAGCGGCAGGUGGAAAAAGUGGAGGUGGUACUCAAGGUCGAGAGACUAAAACCAAAUCAACAAAAAAGUCCGCAAGAGUUGUCCAGAGAAAUUCUGAGAGUGAUGAUGGGAUUGUACCUGAGAAGAAAAUUUUAGAGAUUGUUACCUUUGAUGAUAUAAAAAAUGUUUUACAAAUACCUUUGGAGGAAGAAGGCUUGGAUGAUGCAAUUUCAGAUGAAAUAGUUCAAUAUCUACUUCCUAAAUUAAAUGAAGAUGCCAUUCAAAUUGCAGCUAAACUCUUUGCUACAACAAUAGCUGAUCGUACUGCUUCUCGGCGUCAAACUCACAAUGAUAUUCAAAAUAAAUUGAAUGCUCAAAUAAUUGAUGUAAGACUUUUCGACAAAGGUCUUAAAUUACUACCAACAGAUUUACAAUCUCAAUUAAUAAAAUAUCUUUUAAAGACCAUAUGUACAGAUGUUGUUACAGAAAUUAUGAACUAUAUAUCAACUGAACAAAAUAUUAAUACUACAACAGACAAUUUUAAUAUUGAUCAACGAUUGAAAUUUGUUAAUGAUCUACCAGCUGAAUAUAAAAAUCCCCUUAUUCUAGUCAUAAAAACUUUGUCGGGACAAAGUAUUGAUGAAUUUUUAACGACAAUCGAAGAUGCUUUGGCAGCCUGUAGCAUGAUCUUGAAAAAAGUUGAUAAGAAAAAAGAUCGUACUGUGGUAUUGAACCAUAAACACCAACUGUUGGAACAACUGGAAAAAGUUGAUGAUUUAGCACUCGUUUUACAUUUAGCUGUUGUUAUUAUAUUUACUUCUGCAACACAGACCAUGUUACAUUGUAGUGGCAGACACAUUUCAGGGGUUAUCGCUUUCUUAAAACAAUAUUUAAUGGAAGAACAGAUAUUGGAGCUCACUUCAUAUCAUGAUUUUGUUACACUUAUGUUGAGCGGAGGUUCAGAAGCAGAAAGUGCAAAGGAAAAAUUGAAGGAAAAAGUCCCUAUGAUAAAAAAAUUAGCUAAUGAAUAUAAAAAACCGGUGAAUGAGAAAUCAUAAGAAAAAAAAAACAAUUAAUGGAGUUGAAUACACCUAUUUGGUAAAGUUACCAAGAUUCAACUUGUCUGUGAUACGCCAACAAAAUUAUGAAAAGCAUUGAUCAAACUGUGGUUUAUUUUAAUAAGGCUCGAUUUCUAAAGAGGUGUAUUAUAGAUAAUUAUUGUAACAAUGUAUAUAAAAGAGAAUUAUACAAUAAAUACUUUUUAAUCAAAA